AUGACUUCUGAGAUGUUUGAGCUGAAUAAAAUCAUUGCAGAAGAACAGUCUGAUAAGUUCAAUGUAUACAAAGACUCAGUUGAAGGCAUCAUCAGUGAGAUGUCAGAUAAUGUGAGAGGCUCAAGUGACUGGAAUGACAAUAGCUCAGUGAGUGAGAAGACUUGUAUGAGACUAGAAAUUGCAAGACUUCAGCAUGAGGUUGAGUGA